UACAAAUGCGUGUACAACAUUGAUUAUCAUAUAUAAAUAAAUAAAUAAAUAUCAAGAUUAUGUCAUCAAAGAGGAGCUCAUUUUUAACCCGUGAUCACUGCUGCUAUUCAUAAUUAAAUGGAACUACUACUCUCAGUAUUAUUAUUAUUAUUAUUAUUUGUGGAAUAUCUUAUUACAGUAUAAAAGACAGAAACGAGUAUUAACGAUGGAAUAAGGUGAACUUCAUAAUCUCUCGUAAUCACCGGUGUGAAACAUCUCUCCCUCUCUCUCUCCCUCUCCACGCAUAUAUACCUAUGUGUAUUAUUUAAGUUUUAAAAGGAGAUAUGUAUUUGAUAAUAGUACUACUAAUAUACAACACUCUAUUGCUACCAAGAUAUUCGUGUCAACAGUAUAAUGAAGAAAUAAUAAUGCUGAAUGGAUUACCACAAAUUUCAGUCACUUCUCUAGAAUUACCAUUAAAUGACCGCCGAAUAAUGACGUCGUCGUAUCCGACGCUUACACCCACAUCCGUGCCAUCACCGAUGAUGGAGGAGUUAAAAGAAACACACAGUUUUUGCUUAUUGAUGUAUAUCAACGAUCCAGGAAUUAUUAUGAUUCCAUCCACAGUGGAUUUAUUCAAUUUUUAUUUACAACCAAUAGAAUCGAAAGAGAUGAAUGAAAGAUUAUGGGCUGUAUUCCAGUUGACUAGUAGUAGUAGGAGGAAUUCAAUGUAUCCGUAUUAUUCUUCAAACUCAUUAUUGACGCCUAUAUUACAGUAUAUCAAUAAUUCAUUGAGUAUAAAUCAAAUUGAAUUACCCGUCAUUAAGCCAUCAUCAAACACAAUGCAUGUAUUCACUUUUACACUAUUCAACAGCCUAUUUAUUGAUAAUGGUGUUAAAGUGAUUGGAAAACUAGCCUCCCCAACGAUUCCAUCAUGUCUACAGGAAAAUAUUCCAAACUUUUGUUUAUCCUUAAUUAACUGUGAAGCGAUUAUGCCAAGUGUGCAGACAACACUCGAUGAUCAUUCAGAGAGUGUACCACAACGACGACGUCGUUACAGACGUGAUGUAUCGUCAGCCUCAGCCUCCUCGUCCUCCUCGACAAAUUCAACAGAUACAAAUCAAUCCAGUCCUACUGGUCUAAGUCCUGGCCUACUAGCUGUUGCUAUUAUUGUCCCGAUAAUCGGUGUUGCUGGGCUAGCUGUAGGCGGUUAUUUCUUAUAUCGUUGGCUGCAUUCACGUCGGGCAGCUCAUGGUAUAUAUCACCCCAAUCAAAUGGAGAAUAAAGCCAAUGCUUUCAAAGAACCGGAACCACAGACAAUUAUUAAAAUACCACAAGAAGAAAGAUUAAUUUAAAUUAUUAAGAGGUCUUGUUAGACAAACACACACUUUGCUGACUUCUAAAGCGAAAUCGCCAUUCCUUAGACGAUUUUUCUACUUCCUACUCUGGUUUAUUAUCAUGAUUAUUAUUAUUUUGUUUCUAUAUCACUAUUACAUAAUUAUUUCUUUCUAUUUCCUCUGUUGAUGUCUGUCUGCUUUUGCGCGCGUGUGUGGUGUGUGUGUGUUUGUGUUUAGCGCAAGUGUAUUGAAUUCGCCCUGAAAGCCAGACCAGUGAAACGGUAUAUACCAAAGGAGAAUUUUCAAUAUCGUAUCUGGUGGUUCAUCACAUCACAACCAUUUGAAUAUUGCAUUUUUAUCUUCAUAUUAAUUAAUACAAUAUCAUUGGCAAUGAAAGUGAGCUCUCCCCUUACCCCCCCUACCCCUUCCCAUAUCCCAUUUUUUGUGCGUGUGUAUGUGUAAACUUUGGUUCCUUUUGUGCAUGUAUUUUGAUUAUUUGUUGUCAUUGUUUUUUUAUUGAUCUGUUAGUGCUUUGUUUAAAUUAAGCAUGGUUUUUUAAAAAAAAUACUUUUCUAAUGAAUUAUAUGGCUGUGAAUAUUCUGUGAUUAUCACAAUAUACUUGGGAGUGUUGAAUAUAUAUUUAAAGUUGAAGAAGACCAAGGUUGAUGCUAUAGACAGUCUAUUUUGAGCAGUAAUUGCGGGAUUAACAGGAUAACUAGUGUUGGUUAGCU